AUGGUUCACAUCAAUGUGUUGAAAAAAUUCAUGUGUGUUCUUGUGGUGAUACUGGUAGCUCUGACCGUUUGCCUGUGGAGGGAGACGAGAAGAAACUACUAUGUUCCUUUCAAGACCGAGAGCUAUGAUUUUCAGGUUCACAGGACUUCAGAAAAGUGGAACCCAGUGAAACCACAGGGCGUUUUCCAUGAAGCAGCCAGUGACUUGGGGCAGAUACCCAAAAUGUGGUUUGGUAACCACAACAACAUAAAAGGCAGCACCUCUGGAACUGCUGAAAAGUCCAGGAAAGCAGCAGACUCUAUGAAGGUAUGGGAUAAGGACAGUUCAUCCAGAAACCUCAUACCCAGGCUGCAGAAGGUCAGAAAAAACUACCUGUCCAUGAACAAGUACAAUGUGACUUACAACGGGAAGAGGAAUGCUGCUAAACUCAGCCCAGAGAAGCUGCUCUGCCAGCUACGGGACAGGGUGAACGUGACCAUGAUACAGGGGUCGGACAGUCCUUUUGAUACCUCUGAAUGGCAGCAAUACCUACCAGGGAAAAGCCUCAACGAAACAGCGGGCCGCCUGGGUCGCUGUGCUGUCGUGUCUUCAGCAGGGUCUCUGAAAUCAUCUCACUUGGGACAAGAGAUAGACAGCCACGAUGCCGUCUUGAGAUUCAAUGGGGCUCCUAUCAAGGGGUUUCAAGAAGAUGUGGGGCAAAAGACAACAAUUCGUCUUGUGAACUCCCAG